UAGCCUCCAUUCACCCCCUUCCUCUCACGCUCUCAAUCUGCUUUUUCUUCCGUUCAUGUCUUCUUCCUCUUUUCUUCUGAACUUCUUCUUCUUCUUCUCUUCCUCGCUCUGUCACUUCUUCUUCCUCCUCUGACUUAUGGGUUCAAAUCCUCUCUCCCUCACUUCUUCUGUCUCUCUGGCCUAAGCCCUCAACCGGCCACAAAUCCGCCCCCAACCGGCCACCACCGCCACCAAACAGCCACCUUCCGCCCCCAUAGCCCUUGUUUCAUACGCUCAAAGGCUUUGAGCUCGCAAAGGAGCUUCCUUUUCCAUCAAAUCCGACAUCCCCAUCACUACCCGUCAUCAACUUCACCAGAUCGGAGCAAAUCGGAGGUGGUUCCUUUUCCACCAGAUCGGAGCUAAUGUGGUUCCUUUUCCACGUGAUCGGAGGAAAGGAGGUCACUUUUCACACAUGCACUACAAGAUUCGAGCUUCCAUGAAUUUUUAUUUUCUCUGUAAAAAUUUACUUUUCUGUUCUCUGUAAUUUUCAAAAAAUUAAUGAUAUUGUUUUUUUUCAAUUUCAUGUCUUCCUAUUAUGUUCUGCAUAUCUGUGUUGGGUUCAAUUUCAUCUUCUUCUAGCCUUCAUCUUCAUUCUGUUGUAUUCCCACGAAAAUCAGUUGGGUUUUGGUGAGAGAAAAAAUUAUUUUUUAGUGCUAAGAAACUAAAAAGCAAAGUUCCUUGUGGAAGGAACUUUGCACUGUUUGUAAGGAACCAAACUGCCACCUAGAUCAACUCCAACGCUGCCAAAAAAAAUAAGAAACGGUUCCUUACACCAGCGUUGGAGAUGCUCUUACAGUCUUACACCAAUAUGGAAUGUUGAAAACAACCACAACCCAGAGAGACCAAGAGUCAAGAGUGCAUUACGCACACUGCCACCAUUUCAUUUCUUCUCUGCACUGCGUAACAAACACUGAACCAAAAUCCUCUCUCUCUCUUUCUCUCUCUCUCGUUUCAAAACCCUAAUCCUCCAAUGCUGGUGGUAGUGGUUGAGCCUCAACCAACGGCGGCGAAGUCGCUUCUUCGUCUUCUCUGAUUCUCUCUAUUUCUUGACCGUUUUCAACCACUUUUCUCUCCGAAUCCCUCAUUUUCCUCAACGUAUCGUCAAACACCAAUCUUCCACCACAAGAUGUCUCAUAAAUCAAAACGUAAGCGCGAGUCUGACUUCGAUUACUACGAGGGCAGAUAUUAUAAGGAUUUGAAGGAUGAUUACUAUCAAUUGAAGAUAUCUGAUUCAACGUAUAGGUGUCCGUUCUGCGCAGACAAGCAGGAUUACACUUUGCGUGAGAUCUUGAAACAUGCCUCACGAUUUUCCAGAGGAUCACGGGGCGUGAAAGAUAUGGCAAAACACUCUGCUCUUGAGUUGUACAUUGAAAAGUAUCUUGAUGUGAAGCCUAGAGCAGAAGUUGUAAAGCCUACAACAGAAGCUGCGAAGCCUACCCCAGAAGCUGUGAAGCCUACCCCAGAAGCUGAUAAUAAAGGCCAAUUAUUUGUUUGGCCUUGGAUGGGCAUUGUUGCUAACGUUCCUACUGAAUUUAAAAAUGGAAGGUAUGUAGGAGAAAGUGGAAGCAAGCUAAGGGACGAGUUUACACUGAAAGGAUUUAAUCCUUUGAAAGUACAUCCACUAUGGAACCGCAACGGUCAUACAGGGUUUGCCAUUGUUGAUUUUAAUAGAGAGAUGGAUGGCUUUUUCAAUGCCAUGAACUUUGAAAGGAGUUUUGAAGCAGAGCAUUGUGGUAAGAGAGAUUACUACAUUACUAGACAGCGAGGGGAUAAACUAUAUGGUUGGGUGGCUCGCGAUGACGACUACCAUCAGAAGAGUAUAAUUGGUGAUCACCUUCGGAAAAACGGGGAUUUGAAAACUGUUUCUGGAAAAGAAGCAGAAGACAAGAGGAAAACAUCGAAGCUUGUCUCCGGUUUGGUUGAUACCUUGAAAACGAAGACUAAGGAAUUGGAAAACGUAAGGAGCAAAUGUGAUGAGAUCAAUGUGUCCCUGAACAAAGUGAUGGAUCAGAAUAAGGAGAUGACUGAAUUUUAUAAUAAUGAAACAAAAAAGAUGCAGAUGAGUGAACGUGAUCGUUUGGAAAAUAUUCUGAAGGAUCAUGAAAAGGCCAGGUUGGAGCUCGAAGCUCAGAGGAAAAAACUUGAUGACCGUGAGAAGGGUCUGCAAAAGCGUCAAGCACAAAAUAUAAAUGAGAGAAAGAAACUAGAUCUUGAGAAGAAAAAUAAUGAAAAGGCAAUAAUGGAGCAAAAUAAGGCUGAUGAGAAGAUGAUGCAUUUGGCUGAAGAGCAGAAGAAACAAAAGGAGAAACUGCAUAGAAAGAUUCAUGAACUACAAAGAGAACUCGAUGCCAAACAAACAUUGGAAUUGGAGAUUGAACGAUUGAGAGGAGCUGUUCUGGUAAUGAAACACAUGGGAGAGGAUGAUGUGGACGAGAAGAAAAAAUUGGAUGCAAUUAAAAUGGAACUGCAGGAUAAGGAGGAGGAAUGGGAAGGAAUUGAACAAAUGCAUCAAACACUUGUUAUCAAGGAGCGCAAAACCAAUGAUGAGUUGCAAGAUGCUAGGAAGGAAUUAAUAAGUAGUAUAAGGAAGACAACAACAGCUCGGGCUAAAAUUUUUGUGAAAAGAAUGGGGGACCUUGAUGGUAAGCCAUUUAUAAAAGCUGCUAAGAGAAAAUUUUCUGGCGAUGACGUGAAUAUCAAAGCAGUGGAGUUUUGCUCAGAGUGGGAGGAUUAUCUUAGAGAUCCAAGCUGGCAUCCAUUUAAAAUUUUAACAGAUAAAGAAGGAAAAUCCAAGGAAAUCUUGGAUGAAGAUGACGAGAAAAUCCGGAUUUUGAAGGAUGAAUUCGGUGAUGAGGUAUAUGAAGCAGUGACUACUGCUCUGAAGGAACUAAAUGAAUACAACCCUAGUGGUAGAUAUCCUAUUCCAGAACUCUGGAAUUUUGAAGAAGGAAGGAAGGCUUUGUUGAAGGAGGGUAUUGAACAUAUACUCAAGCAAUGGAAAUCAAAACCAAGGAAAACACGAGGCUGAGUUUGGGUGUUUUGAAUUGGGACCGACUUUUAAGCUCUUGCUCUAACAUAAUUGGAUUUGGUUCAAAACUGAGAUACGAAUACUCAGUUAUAGGAUGACUGUUGCGUAUAAUACUGAUUAUCAGAAUAUGCAUUUUUUUAGCAGAUUAUGUUUAUGGUUUUUUGUGUUGAUACUUGCAAUGAAUGAAACUUCAAUAUGGCUUCAUA